AAAAACUGGGCCUCUGCUUAGUUGUGGUCGAGUUGGGCACACUGACAGUCAGCCGAGAAGGAAGAAUACUGAGAAUACAGAGAGGGAAUUAGGGUUUCAGAGAAAGAGCCGUAGACGCUUCUCAGCACCUGAUUGAUCAAUUGCGUUUCUUCCAUUGCUAAGGAUUAAUUCUUUGUUUCGUCGAAAAAUCGGUAAUUUGAUAAAAGAAUAGCCAAAUUAGAUGGAGGACUGGGUUUUUUUGUUUACAAAGCUGGCAUUCUUUUUCGAUGCUUCAGAAGAUGAGAAAGCCCCAACUCUCCUUUCUAAGGACCAACCAGUACAUAAAUGGGAUGAUGAAGAUGUGGAUGAAAAUGAUAUUACAGAGUCAUGGGAGGAUUUAGAUGAACCUGCUCCUUUGGAACCUGCAACAAGGCCUGUUUCUGAGAAGGCACCUAAGAAACCUGCAAUAAAACCUGCUGAAAAAGCUACAGAAAAGAAAGGGAAAACCGUUCAAAUAGAAAGGGAAGAGCCACUGGAUCCUGUGGCUGAGAAACUUCGCCAACAAAGGCUGGUGGAAGAAGCAGAUUAUAAGUCCACUAAAGAAUUGUUUUCCAGCGGAGGCAAUUAUAAAACCUUAGACAAUUUCAUUCCUAAAUCUGAAAGUGACUUCCUGGAAUAUGCAGAACUUAUUUCACAUAAACUUCGUCCAUUUGAGAAAAGUUUCCAUUAUAUUGGUCUACUCAAGGCAGUAAUGAGACUGUCAAUGACUUCAUUGAAAGGAGCAGAUGCAAAAGAAGUUGCAUCUUCCAUUACAGCAAUUGCAAAUGAGAAAAUAAAAGCAGAGAAGGAAGCAAAUGCUGGUAAAAAGAAGACAGGCGCCAAGAAAAAGCAGCUGCUUGUUGAUAAGCCGAAUGAUGAUAUAGCUGUUGAUGACUAUGAUCCGCUGGAUGACUAUGAUUUUAUGUGAGUGUUUCGAUGUAGCAAGUUUUCAUCAGAAGGCAGUAAAGAACAUGUAUUUUCAACAUUGAAGUAGGGAGAGAUUCCUCCGGCGCCCCUCUGCACAGAGUGAUUGAUACAAAGUGUGAUGUAUUUUGUCAAAUAAGAGGUUUUCGGAUUGCCCUUUUUUUUUAUAUGAUGGUCAAUUUUGUCGGUUACAGAUGCUACAUGCUCAUGGGAAUCAUUGGCUUGUCAAAUAUAUGGUUACACUUACAAUGACAUUCUUUUUAAGUGUAAUGGUAAUCCAAAUCUUGUAA